AUGCCUGCCUGCCUUGGCCCAUAUGCAGCCCUACCAAACAAUGAGGUGUGUCUCAAUCCGGCCGCUGGGCCGCCCAAGCGAGACCAUGUGCUGAGCCGAUUGGCUGAAGCUAUUCCAUCGUCUUACACACCUCAACCGACGCUACGCAGUGGGAUCCUCGGCAGCAGCGGUGACGAGGUGACCUCCAUCCCUUCUUCAAGAAAGAAUCAGCAAGCCCGUGGCUUCGUCGCCCUCGGAGACAGCUAUAGCGCCGGCAUAGGCACCGGCAUAGAUGACAAGGAGCUCCCCUCAGAGGGCGACUGCCGCCAUGGCGUGCACGCCUACCCGCAACUCAUCCACCACGACCUCAACAACGCCACCGGGCUCAACACAACGCUCCAGUGGCUCUCAUGCACCGGCGCCGUGACCACCGACUUACUCUCCGGCGCCGCCAAGGGCGGCGGUCGGGGCCAGGUUGAUUUACUCAAUACCUCGCAGCCGGUCGACUUCGCCACGCUCUCGAUAGGUGGGAAUGAUCUGGGCUUCUUCGACGUAAUGAACGCUUGCAUCUUCCGAUUCUACUCGUUCUACAGCGGUACAUGCGAGGCAGCCCUCGAGGCAGCCGAUGCCGCCGUAAAGAGCAGCGUCUUCGAGCAGCGGCUCGAGGUCAUCCUGCAGGAGGUGCUCGACAAGGUGGCGUGGGAGAAGCGGCCGCGGUUUAGCAUCACUGUGACGGGAUACGCGCGCUUCUUCAACGCCGAGACGCCCGAGUGUGAUGAUAUGUCCCUCGGCGUGUGGUACGGCGGACCGAAGCUGUCGCGCGAGAUCAGGCGGCGGAUGAAUGAGUUGGUUGUCGCGGCUAAUGCCAAGCUGCGGCGGACAGUCGGCAUUAUCGAUGGGCGGUUCAGCGGGGCCAGGCCAAGGGUAUUGUUUGUUGAUUAUGAUGAUCUCUUUGAGGACCACCGGUUCUGCGAGCCGGGUGUGCUGGAGCCGGCAUAUAAUCGGACGGAAAGCUGGUUCUUCCUCAUCGGAGGGCCUGACAAUGCGAGGAACGAAACGACGUGGCCAAAUGGGACGAAUGGAGAUCCAGAGUCAACGAGGUAUCAGAGGGAGAGGAUCCUGUCGCCCCUAUCUCCAUUGGUAGACUAUCAUACCUGCCUAAUGCAUGCCCAGGAGAGAGGUGACUGGGGCGAGCUGGCGCUGUGCUACAUGGCCAUGGCGAAGCAUCGCGACCCAUCACUCCGACCAGCGUACAGCAGGAUCACAACUCAGAAUAGUAUGUGGUGGGUACCGACCUACUACGGCAAGGUAUUUCAUCCGCGAACACUCGGCCACGAAGCAAUCAGGGACAGAAUAUACCAGGUGUGGGAGAAGUAUGGGCUGUAG